CUCAACUUGGACCUCCAUCAGCUCUGCGCCCUGUCGGACGCGCCCUGCUCGGGUAAUUGUCCCUCGACCCCCAUUUUCUGCGCACCAUGUCUGUCGUGCUCGUCACCGGCUCGUAUGACCAUGAUAUCCGGUUCUGGGAAGCAUGGAGCGGCAUAUGCUCGCGGACAAUUUCCAGGGCGGGCGAGACUGGUCAAGUAAACCGGCUGGCUAUUUCUCCGGACAAGCGCUUCCUUGCAGCAGCUAUCCACAAGAAGGUCAACAUCUACGAGAUAAACAAUACGUCAAAUGAACCCCGUGUCACUUUCGAAGGGCACACAGGGAACGUCACGUCGGUGUGCUUCCAUAGCGAGGGCAAGUGGCUGGUGACCGGGAGCGAAGAUGGGACUAUCAAGAUCUGGGAUCUGAGAACUUCCCAAGUCCACCGAGGUUACGUGAACGGCGCGCCUGUCAACGAUGUCUGCGUUCACCCCAAUCAGGGCGAACUCAUCUCGUGUGAUCAGGCGGGAAGCAUCAAGCAGUGGGAUCUAUCCGAGAAUGUCUGCUCACACGAAUUAACACCUGCUGGCGAUAUUCCAAUCCGCUCAGUAACGCUUGCAGCAGACGGGUCGCUUCUGGUCGCGGGGAAUAACAAGGGCCGCUGCUACGUCUGGCGAGUUAACGAUGACCCGCGGAUGCCGCGCUUCCAGGCCGUGACCAAGUUUGUGGCACAUAAUAAGUACCUCACGCGUUGUUUGCUCAGUCCGGAUGCGAAAUACCUCGCGACCUGCUCCGCGGACACGACGGUGAAGAUCUGGUCGAUAUCCCCGAGCUACGAGUUCCGGCAGGAGAAGGUGCUCGUGGGGCACCAGAGAUGGGUGUGGGACUGCGCGUUCAGCGCGGAUUCGGCGUAUUUGGUGACGGCCUCUUCCGAUCACACGGCGCGCCUGUGGGAGAUGGCGUCGGGAAAAACUGUGCGGCAAUAUAAUGGGCACCACAAAGCGGCGGUGUGUUGUGCCCUGCACGAUGGAGCCAGCUAAGGAUUCGGGCCUUUUCGUGGGGGGCAUAUCAGGUCUUCUAAUGGACCAGCUGAGCACUUGGAACUCUCGCGAGGUAGUUGUGCUUCGUGUGUAUUACUUACUGGAAAGUACGAGGUUGAAGGGCUCGCAGGCUCGCUUCCAAAAACGUUCAGGAAGCCUUCAGGACGAGGGUAGUUUAGAUGAAUGCAGAAUUGGGCCGUUUUUCUGGAUCAAAUGCGUGCUUCCUCUCUUCUUUGAUGAUUUUGCAAUGCCGAGUAGCGAUC